AGAUCGGAUCGUUCACGCCGUCGGCCUGCUCUGGCCCUGACCUCGAAUAAUGGGAGCCCAAUUAUUUCGAAAUCUCUUAGACCCAACGACUCUGAUUCCGGUUCCCGACAACAGGUAGGUAUUGAACAACGGGUGCUCGUAGUUAGCACUGAAAGUGAUACCGAUUCGGACUGCCGGAUUAUCCGCGAAUCUAUACAUCUUGAUCACCACGAGGAUAGUCCAUUUUCUUCUAGCCGGUCUCGAUCAGUUUCUUCGUCACCCUCUUCUCAAUCUCACUCUACUUUGUCUGAAUCAGCUUCCGUUAGUGCAUCGUGUAGGUCUUUCAAAGGGGCUGAUCGAUAUUGCCAUGACUGUCGUCACUCUUCUACUCGACGCCAGUGCCACCAUCGCCGAUAUCGACAUCAUGGCUCCUUCUGCCGUCAUCGUAGUUCUCAGCGCAAACGUUCCUCCUCACACAGCUCAUCUUCCCCACUCUCAUAUUCUUCCUCUUCUUCCUCUUCUUCCUCUUCUCGCCAUCAUCACAAUAGGAGACAUCGUAGAUAUCCUCGUGGUCACAACAAGGCGCCAAUUCGAUCUUCUCAUCGGAGUCAUCGUCAUCACAGACGUCAUUCAAGUCGCCAUUCUGGAUAUCGUACUCUUGGAACUGACUCGUCCAGGUCUAGACAUCCAAUUAGGCAAAGUUGGGCUCACAAUCAGCCGCCUACCACAGAAUGGUCGCGACUUAAUUCUGAUUUGCCACUGAGGAACUUGCUUGCCGCGACCUCUUCAGAUAAUCCUAUUAUCAUAUCUGACGACGAUCAAACGGCUGAGAAUUCAGCUGCGAAGAACACUACUCCAUCAAAAACUAGUAACCUCAAAUGUUCGCACUCCCCACCUGCUGCUUCCGGAUCUCCCAUAUUUGACUUAUUACAGCUUUCACAUUCGUAUACCUCUCCAUCGAAUCCUCCACCUACAAUCUCUAGAUUCCAUCCUCCUUUAUUAACCGAAAUUUAUUCAAAAGAAGCAAUGAAGUCACCUUCAUAUUCUCCCCUUGUUUCACUAGGUAUCGAGGGGUCCACUAUCAAGGAAUUAGAUUUUAAACCGCAUGAUAGCCUCGGGUGCUCCUCAGACGGACCGCCGAUUGCUUCAACUAGUCGAGAAUACUUGGAGCUGAAGGUUACUACAGCAUCUUCCGAGCCCCCAGAAAAUCUUCCUAAAUACUCAGGGGCUGGUGAUCCCGACUUUCCAUUCUGCAUUUUUGAGCCACGUACUGCCAAUGAGUUUUACGCUCUUAUUGACCGGCUCGCCGCUGAUGAGGCACAAAAUCCACCACCGGCAUCUUCUGGAUCAAGUAAAUCAAUGAUCAAAAGCGAAGCACUUUUGGAGCAACUUGACUGUUCGUCUAGUCAUGAGUACGAAUUUGAGGAUGUACAAAUCAAAGUAUGUUCAUUGGAACAUAAUAAGGCCGAUGACAAGGAGGUGGAGGAACAGAUAAAAACAAAUCAUACGGGUCAAAAUAAUGAGCUCCAGGAAAUUGAAGGUGAUCCUGGUUCGUAG